AUGGUUGCCGCCUGGAAAGCCGCCGGCUUAACUUACAACAAAUACCUUGCCGUUGCUUCGCGUGCGGUCCGCCGAUCCCUCAAGGACACUCAACGUCUCGAUGCUGAACGCCGUGGACAAUCCGAUUUGAAGUUCGCCAAGUGGGAGAGCGGAAAGCAGGGUGAAGUCAAGCAUCUCACUGAAGUCGGCGCCGAUGCACAGGUUGCUCACGCCGAGAAAUAA